UCAAUACAUCCACUAGUUUGAAACGCGUUAUUUAUUUGCGGCUUGCAAUUUAAAGGACGCUUAAGUUUCAGUGUAUUCCUAAGGUAGAUACUUUUAAAUGAAAUGAAGUUUAAGUGUAAUAAAUGAGGGGAACCUUAAAUUGGUUUUGUGUAAUGUCAAAUCAGACUAUUUGAUGCGACUUUCUACUCUGCUUUCAUGAUAGUUAAGUAUACAAUACAGAACAGAGUUAUGAUAAAGAAUUAAUUACUUCAAACUACAACGAUUAUUGGCUUCCUUCUCAUUUGAAGACAAACGUGUGACCAGUUGGAUUGUUUCAUAUUUAAAACCAAAGCCCAUGAAGAAGUGAAUUGUUUAGUUAUGCGCGAAAGUUUGGGGUGGUAAAAACUUUGUUUUCAUUUGUUCAUUCAUGGAAAACUGUGUUCGCAAAAGGAUGUAAUUGGAUCCAUUUUGUUUCCUACAAAUUAGUUUAAGUGAACGUGAUUUACAAGGAUGGCAGACUCUGUGGAUUUCCGGAAGCGGAACACAAACACAAAUGUGGAGCUGGAGUUUGACAUCGAGCCCCGACGUGACGUCCUCAAGCUCAAGCGUAACGUCGGCCUGGUCAGCGGCGUCUCCUUCAUCAUCGGCAGUAUCAUAGGGUCUGGUAUUUUCAUUUCACCGACGGGCGUUCUCUCAGAGACUGGCUCCGUAGGUCUAAGUCUGGUGGUAUGGGCCGCCAGCGGGGCGAUCUCGUUACUUGGUGCCCUGUCGUAUGCGGAAUUAGGCACCAUGAUCCCCCGGUCUGGCGGCGAAUAUGCGUACCUGUAUGACGGCAUGUUUCCCUUUAUCGCCUACAUGUACAGCUGGACACGCACCAUCGUACUGCAGCCGUCGGGUGUGGCAAUCAUCUGUUUGACGUUUGCGUCCUACAUGGUUACUUUCUUCGAGUAUUGUGGGUCACCCGCGCCGCCAGAGAAAAUCAUCGCAUGCCUUGCUAUAGUGACGCUAUGCAUCAUCAACAGUUACGACACGUCCUGGGCCGCGUAUGUCCAGGUGUUCUUCACCAUCGCCAAGCUCGUCGCCAUCGCCAUCAUUAUCAUCGGGGGCUUCGUCAAGCUCGGACAAGACGGGACGACCCACCUAAGAGACGGCUUCAAAGGUUCCACCAACUCCCCAUCCAAGAUCGCUCUCUCGUUCUACGACGCUAUGUGGGCAUACGAUGGAUGGAACACGCUGAAUUUCUUGACGGAGGAAAUUAAAAAUCCAAACAGAAACUUGCCAUGGUCGAACUAUAUCGGUGUUCCCCUGGUGACGAUCGUCUACAUCUUGACCAACAUCUCCUACAUCGUCGUCCUCUCACCACAGGGGCUGCUAGACUCAUCCGCUGUCGCCGUGGACUGGGGUAAGGAGAUGUUGGGGAGCGCCUACGUCAUCAUGCCCAUUGCAGUCAUGUUCUCCACGUUUGGCGCGGCUAAUGGAUUACUCUACUCUUCUGGGAGGAUGGUGUACGCGGCUGCGCGUGAAGGCCAUCUACCGGAAGUGCUUUCUUACGUGCACGCGACCCUCUACACGCCGCUGCCCUCCAUUGCCCUUACGGGUAUCAUCGCUAUCCUGAUGACGAUUCCCGCCGACAUCGGGUCUCUGGUUGAUUUCUUCAGCUUCGCCGCCUGGCUUUUCUACGGGCUCACAGUGGCCUGUGUGGUCAUCCUCAGGAUUCGGCAACCAAACGCCGAGAGGCCUAUCAAGGUGUUUAUCCUGUUCCCCAUCGUGUUCACCCUCAUCUCCAUCUACCUUGUGAUCGCUCCCAUCAUCGACGACCCCCGUCUCGAGUUCCUCUGGGCCGCCAUCUUUAUUGUUGGCGGCUUCCUCUUCUACUUCCCCUUCGUCGUCUUCAAGAUCGACAGGGGGUGCUUCGAUUACGUGACGACAUUUCUCCAGCUGGUGUGCCAAAUCGCUCCAAGUCCCUACAUUCCGGACAUCUAAUUAACCCCAUGACCCUACAUUCAGGACAACUUAUUAACCUUGGACAAUAUUUUAGACGCGUAUAUAUAAAUGCCCGUACGAGUAACGUACGGGAUGGGUGCAAUGUUCAUCUUAUUUCGCCCUUCACGAGCACGGUAUGUGUUUGGCAGUUUUGUAAUUGCUAUAUACUCGCAGUAAACAUGAUGCGCAAUCGCCGGUGUGACACGCCAUGAACAGUCGUACUAUUGUAGACGGAAUCAUGUACAGCCGUUGGGUACCAUCAGCAUAGUUGAGUACUCGUUUUUACAUUCAACCUCAACCCAUAGACCAAUAGAAAAUGGGUGGUGAUUCACCUGCUUAUAGUUGUAUAAUGUUGUUUUACUAGAAUGUAGUUCUGAAUGCACCAUUUUAUUAAAUGUAUUAACUGAUGAAAUACUCACUAUAUAUCUAUAAAAUGUGUAAUUUGUUACUAGUAUUUAACGUAUGUAUACAUUGCACUUAUUAUAUUAUACAAGAGUUCCCAGAUCUGUGUUCUACUUAGUUUAAAAUGGCAAUGGAAAAUAACGCUGAGGUAUUAAACAUUAAUUCAGAUUUUUAAAAUUAAGCAUGAAAGGAAGCCGUGAUGUGUGAUCCUACUGUAGAUAACUCCAGUUUAAAUUGUUUUUCUUUAUUCUUUUGUGACUGAAUGUCGGAACAUGAUACUACUGUCAGUACAAAUAAAAACCUAAUUGUACCCGAGACGUAUCAUUCUCUGGAUAUACUGCUCUACAUGUCUUCAGCUCGCCCUUGUACCCGAGGCGUAUCAUUCUCUGGAUAUACUGCUCUACAUGCCUUCAGCUCGCCCUUGUACCCGAGACGUAUCAUUCUCUGGAUAUACUGCUCUACAUGUCUUCAGCUCGCCCUUGUACCCGAGGCGUAUCAUUCUCUGGAUAUACUGCUCUACAUGUCUUCAGCUCGCCCUUGUACCCGAGGCGUAUCAUUCUCUGGAUAUACUGCUCUACAUGUCUUCAGCUCGCCCUUGUACCCGAGACGUAUCAUUCUCUGGAUAUACUGCUCUACAUGUCUUCAGCUCGCCCUUGUACCCGAGGCGUAUCAUUCUCUGGAUAUACUGCUCUACAUGUCUUCAGCUCGCCCUUGUACCCGAGACGUAUCAUUCUCUGGAUAUACUGCUCUACAUGUCUUCAGCUCGCCCUUGUACCCGAGGCGUAUCAUUCUCUGGAUAUACUGCUCUACAUGUCUUCAGCUCGCCCUUGUACCCGAGGCGUAUCAUUCUCUGGAUAUACUGCUCUACAUGUCUUCAGCUCGCCCUUGUACCCGAGGCGUAUCAUUCUCUGGAUAUACUGCUCUACAUGUCUUCAGCUCGCCCACAAUUGAUGUCAUAUGAAGGCCAGCCGGUGUACUGAAUUCAUUUUUAUGUUAAAAAUAACUGCUUCGGCGCACCCGAACAGUGGUUUAAAAUAACAAGUUGCAAUAAAACCCAUUGAAUACUGUGA